UGGUGGAGUACUAUUAAUAAUCUUGCAAGUCUUUUGUUACCAUAUUGUGCAAUUUUAAAUAAAUUACAACAAGACAAAGCUCAUUUAUAUGAGAUGAUUAAUCGUUUAGAAAUGCGCUGGAAAUCAUGGGAGCAGCCACUUCUUUUACUUGCUUUUCUUCUUCAUCCAGAAUAUCGUAUGGAAAUAUUUGAAAAUAAUAUUGAAGGAUUAUAUACACAACUUAGUGAGUGGAUCUGCUGGUAUUAUUAUGCAUGGUUUCAAACAGAACCAAAAUCAUUGCUUUCUGAACUUGAAAAAUUUCGCAAACAACAAAAACCAUUUACUCUACAUGCUACAAACCAAUUUGCAAAUGACAUUUUAGGUUAUUGGGAUUUUUAUUCUGAUUCAGCAAAAGAAUUAAGUAAG